CUUAAACCAUGUCGAUGACUUCAGAGUCUCUUGUGUAUGCGAGCAUGGCUCUGGGUGUGGCCAACCACCUGUAUUGGAAACGAUAUGAACGAGAUGACACCAAGUUGCAUAACGUCGUGACUGCGUUGCUUCCCCAGCCCGCCAUUUUGGUCGCUUUAGCCCAAAGAUCUCUCAGUUUUUCGCCUGUCAUGUCUUGUUAUGCCGCAUUCUUUCUCUCCUUGGGAACCUCAAUUGUACUCUAUCGAAUCUCACCCUUUCACCCACUCGCUGGCGUCCCAGGUCCAUUCAUUGCACGCAUAACUAAACUAUGGACAUUCUACAUCGCGACUACUGGGGAGCUUGCACGGGAAAUGAAGAAACUACACGAUGUCUACGGUCCAGUUGUUCGGACAGGUCCCAAUGAGAUUUCAUUCAUCGACGGCGACGCUGUGACUGCCGUAUACGGAACGAAUGGAAUUCCGAAGGGCAAAUUCUAUACUAUCCGAACCGACCCUAAUUCGCCUACCAAUCUUCUAUUUACGACGGGGCAGACCCACCAGCGCAGACGAACACGCUGGAACAGGGCCCUCGGUACCGAAUCUCUGAAGAACUAUGACGACAUUGUCGAGAGACAAACAGAAGAGCUCCUCGAGGUUCUUGCGCAAGAAUCAAAGGACGGAAAUCAUGUAGAUCUCACGAGAAAAUUCCAACAUUACACCUUUGACAUUAUGAGUGAUGUCUCGUUCGGUCGUAGAUUCGGCGUUACCAAAAGCAAUGAUUCAGCUGGCUAUGUCAGGUUCAUUGUGGAUUUCUCUGAGAGCAUCAACACUCUCGCAUGGCUCCCUUGGGCCUUUCAUGCCGCUGGACUUAUUCCUCGCAUCACCAAAGUCAAAAUGCAACUUCUUGGUUUUGCGAAGGAUUUGGCCACUUCAAGAGCACAAGCUGGGGCGACACAGAAGGAUAUUUGGUAUCAUCUUAUGGACGAAGAAGACAAAGACAGUCAAAGGCCUUCUAUCCCAGAAGUAGUAGCCGACGGAGUUCUCGCCAUCAUCGCUGGGACCGAUACCUCUGCUGCUGCAAUGUCAAGCACAAUUUGGUUCGUCCUUCGACAUCCCGAGGUCCACAAGCAAUUGCGAAAGGAGAUUGACGAAGACUUUGCUCGAAAUCCUGACAUACGAGGCGAACUUCCAUAUCUUUCAGCCUGCAUCUUGGAAGCUUUGAGACUACACCCUCCCAAUGCUAGCGGUGGUCCUCGUCAAGUUCCCUACGACUCACCCGGUAAAGUGAUCCUCGGAAAGUACCUCCCCGGAGGCACUCAAGUGGUCGUCCCACCUUAUUCCGUACAUCGGAACCCUGACAACUUUUCCUCGCCUGCUCAAUACCUCCCCGAUCGUUGGCUCCCUUCUUCUAAAUCCAAAUUCAAGAACCACAGAUCCGAAACAUUUAUCCCUUUCUCGCAUGGAGCAGCUAGCUGCGUUGGACGGGCUCUGGCUCACAAGGAGAUGCUGGCAUUGCUUUCGAGACUGUUUUACAAUUACGACUUAAAGUUUGCGGAGGGUUUCGACGUUCAAAAUUGGGAGAAUACGAUAAUGGAUUACUUCAUUAGCCCGAUGGGGCCUUUGAAGAUUGUUUUGACUGCGAAACAUUAGACGGGAUUUCGUAGGCUACUUUUCUAGCUCCGAGAACUACGUUAGUCGCGAUGGUUGUGCUUACUUUUGGUGUAUAUAUUAGUUGUGAAACUGUGCUCACAGGAUUUUUUUUUCGUGA